CGUCGAAUACACUGCUUCAUAAAACCAAUUGGCAACUUUGUGCUUUCUUCGGAUAAAUUAAAAAAAAUUGUGAAAUUAUUUCUAGAAUUUGAUAACUUAUUUUAAAGUGAUAAUUUUUUUAUCGUUUAAAAAUAUCAUUUGUUUUAAUUUGCAAAAAUGAGUGAUGUUGAUCAUGAAGUUGGUGCCAUUCGCUUUAUCGUUGAUUCUCCUCUAAGCGAUAAAGUAGCCAAAUUCAAUAAAGUUGUGAACAAACACUUAGAAGCCCAAGCUCUUAAUCCAUUCUCUCAAACCGACGGUAGAAAAUCACCUAGACCAGUAUUUUCGAAGGAAGAAUAUGGCCGCCCAGCUGCUGGAAGUUUAUCAGAAGCACGAAGUGCAAAAGCAUCUCUUCACAUAUGCCGCGAAAUGUUAGAACUUUGCACAAUUAUAAAUGACAAUGGCAUUGCCCUAGGCGAAAAUCACCCACAUGCCCCUGGAGGAUCAGUUAUAUUAUUUGGAGAACUAUUCAAUAUAUACACAUACAUCUCAGAUAAACUUGUGGGCAUGUUAUUGCGAGCUCGAAAACACAAAUUGAUCGAUUUCGAAGGAGAAGUAUUAUUUCAGAGGAGAGAUGACGAGGUACCAAUAUUUUUACUCAAACCCAUGAAUGAAAUCAAAGAAAUUUUCAAGGACAAAGAAUCUGACAUACGAAGAUCAAUCAGCCCAAAUCCACAAACUAUAGAAAGUUAAUUAUACAAUAAUCAAAAUUUAAAAAAAAUUAUAGGUAUAAUUGAAACAUGUGCUCACACUUAUGAUCGUUAAGCACAAUCGACCAAAGAAAUUAUGUGUAAUU